AUGACUUGCAAAGAAUUGCUGGUUCUGGUGAAGGAGGAGAAGACUUGGGAGGAGGCGUUGGUGCACUGCAGGACUCUCGAGGCCAAAGACCCCGAUAAGCCAGUCUCGGCCUACGAGAACUAUAAGUACGACCUGGCCACUUUGCUCACAGACGAUGACCAUGAGUUUGCACGAGAGAAGGCACAAAGUGCUACCACUGACGAGGUAGGCAAUUUUAGUACAGCCUAUUUGUGCAGUAAAGGAAAAGGAACUACUCUCUGUUAACUUUUCUCUGUCGGCAGAUUUGGACGGGUCUGCGCUACCUGGCUGGUUCUUGGCUGUGGGUUGGAGGAGAGGAUAUGAACUACAAAAACAUUAGAGAAUGCUUAAGUGAAGGCUCCUGUGGCACACUGCCUAUAGAGGGCGAUGCAGACUAUGAGAUAAGAUCCUGUGAGGAGAGAAGAAACUUCUUCUGUUACAGGAAGCCUUGA